UACUCUCAUAGCUCAUGGGAUUGUCAACAGAUGCUCGGUCGAGUCUCAAGACCGCAGAGGGCGCGAGCUGCAGUGCCCUGCAGCAGCCACCGGGGGGAGCUCGAGGUCCUAAGAAACACACACACACACACACACACACACACACACACACGCACACACACACACACACACACACUGAGGCGCGCGCGCGCCAAACGGAGCGAGAGCGCGCGCGGCGGACAGAUGCGCGGCGCGUCGCCCUUUACCUCCGGCUGUGUCUGUGUCGCGCGCCAUCGUUAAACUUUCAGUCAUCGCGAUCGCGGCUCGCGCCUCUCUGAUUUCUCCGGAGCUGCUGCACCUGCUCCUGCAUUUUUGGGAGGCGAGAGAGUCACGGAGCUCUCCUGCAGCGGUGCAUGCUUUUUUGGGGAGGGUGGAGAGAAAGAGAGAGAGAGAGGGAGAGAGAGAGAAAGAGAAAGAGAGAGAGAGAGAGAGAGAGAGAGAGAGAGAGAGAGAGAGAGAGAGAGAGAGCGAGAUGUGCAAGUGAUGAUGAUGAUGAGAGAUCCUGUUGAACGGAGACGCCGCGCGCAGAGGCAUCAGAGAAAGAGGCAGCAGCAGCAUCAUCCCUCGAAGGCGCGAGCACAAUCUGAAGGGUGAGAUGCUCUGCGGGGGGCGCGGCUGCUUUCCCGGGGAUUUCGGGCGCGAGGGCUUCACGACCCCCCCUCCCAUCUCCCGAGAACUGGGCUGGAGGUGGAAACCGAGGAGCCAUCCUUCCUCCGCGCACUCCUCAUCUGUUGCUGGCGUCUAAAGAAACCAGUGAUUCAUUCAGAGCCACUGGAGGGGCAGAGGAGAGCACAGCACCCCCCCCCAAACACACACACACACAGACACACACACCUCCCUCAGCCCAAAGAUGGCAACCACAGACCUCUAAAGGGGCUGGAAGUCUCGUCCUCCCGCACGUGAUCUCAGGUGACUGUGAGGGACAUUUGCCGCGAGGACACUUGCUGAUCUUAUGGAGGACUGUAAGGACUGCGUGCGCCUUUGGACACUCGCUGACCCCCUCAUGGACUCCGGAGGCGCGGAGCUGACUUUAUUGCGCGGAAAGACCUUGAAAGUGAAAGUGCUCACGAGCCAGCAGUCUGCGCGCGCACUGUGACUUCACGGCUCACGUCUCAGCGUGGGUUUUGAGAGCUUCCAAACAAACAAACAAACUAAAAGAAAACAAAAAACAACAGCGCGUUUCUAUGGACGUUCAUUAAUGCCCAGAGCGGAGCAGCGAACGACUUUCAAACGUCUCCGUUUUCGUCCCGCAGACCUGCGCUGAAAAGCCAGCGCGUGACGGUGGAGCGAGAUGGAGUUCGCCAUGGUGGGCGCAGAUAGCGGCGGCUGUAACCCGCACGUGCCGUACGCCUACGCGCAGGCUCGCGCCAGGGAGCGGGAGCGCGAGAGGGAGAGGCAGUCUCGCGCGGCAGCAGCUGCUGCGGUGGCGGCGGCGGCGGCAGCGGCGGAGAGCGGGGCGGCUGGCGAGGGAGGCGGGUCCUGCGGCCACGGCCAGCAGCAUCAGGUUCGCGCCGCCUCCUCGGCGAUGGCGAGCGGCAACGGCGCCUCGCGCCCCUCCUCCUCGUCCUCCUCCUCCUCCUCCUGUUGCUGCUCCUCCUCCUCUCAGCAGCAACAGCAACAGCCGCCACAACAGCAGCAACAGCAGCAGCAGCUCCAACAGCAGCAGCAACAGGCGCAGCGUGAGGCGCAGCCGCAAGUUCUCCGCGAGCGGAAAAAGGCGCGUGGGGUAGCGCGCUGGAGACGCCCGCGCGCGCCUCUCGGUGGCGAGCUGCGCCACUCGGAGCUGGCGCUCCUAGGCUCAGAGGAGGACGUGAUGAUCGAGGAAGAGGAGGCGACGGGCGAGGAGGAGGAAGAGGAGGGGGCUCGCUCACGCUGCGGCCCGGCGUACGACGCGGAUGAGCACGUGGUGGACGACGCGGAUGACGCCACCCUGGACGACGACGAUGACGACGAGACGGCCUCGCUGACGGGCGGGCGCCCGCGCGCAGGCUACGGACGCGGUGCGCGCGGCGCGCGUGGCGCGAUCGGAGAGCGCGGUGGCUGCUGCGAGCGCGUGGUCAUCAACGUGUCGGGCCUGCGCUUCGAGACGCGGCUGCAGACGCUCGCCCAGUUCCCGGACACGCUGUUGGGGGACCCGGCCAAGCGCAUGCGCUACUUUGACCCGCUGCGUAACGAGUACUUUUUCGACCGCAACCGGCCGAGCUUUGACGCCAUCCUCUACUUCUACCAGUCGGGCGGGCGUCUCAAACGGCCCGCCAACGUGCCGCUAGACGUCUUCUCCGAGGAGGUGAAGUUUUACGAGUUGGGCGACGAGGCCAUGCUCAAGUUCCGCGAGGACGAGGGCUUCGUGAAGGACGAGGAGAAACCGCUGCCCGAGGAUGAGUUCAAGCGCCAGGUGUGGCUCCUUUUUGAGUACCCUGAGAGCUCGAGCCCAGCGCGCGGCAUUGCCGUGGUUUCCGUGCUAGUCAUUGUCAUCUCCAUUGUGAUUUUCUGCCUCGAGACGUUACCCGAGUUCCGCGACGAGCGUGACGCACCCGGAGCCGCUGGCGCGCAAGUGCCCACCCACGGCGUCAAUGGCACGCGCGCUCACGGCGCAGUGGCGGCAGAGGCCGCGGCCUUCACGCCCUUCAACGACCCAUUCUUCGUCGUAGAGACUGUGUGCAUCGUGUGGUUCUCCUUCGAGAUCGCUGUGCGCUUCUUUGCCAGCCCAAGCAAGGCGGCCUUCUUCAAGAACAUCAUGAACUCCAUCGACAUCGUAUCCAUCCUGCCUUACUUCAUCACGCUGGGCACGGACCUGGCACAGCAGCACCCUCAGCAAGCGCAGCAGGGCAAUGGGCAGCACGCCAUGAGCUUUGCCAUCCUGCGGAUCAUCCGCCUGGUGCGCGUCUUCCGCAUCUUCAAGCUGUCGCGCCACUCCAAGGGCCUGCAGAUCUUGGGCCACACAUUGCGCGCCAGCAUGCGUGAGCUGGCACUGCUCAUAUUCUUCCUGGUGAUCGGCGUGGUGCUCUUCUCUAGCGCCGUGUACUUUGCGGAAGCUGAUGAGCCAGCAUCACAGUUUACGAGCAUACCAGAUGCCUUCUGGUGGGCAGUGGUUACCAUGACCACGGUGGGCUACGGUGACAUGAAGCCCAUCACAGUGGGUGGCAAGAUAGUGGGCUCGCUGUGCGCCAUUGCCGGUGUGCUGACCAUCGCGCUGCCCGUACCUGUCAUUGUGUCCAACUUUAACUACUUCUACCACCGUGAGACGGACAACGAGGAUCAGACGCCAGCUGUGGAGUAUCCGCCCCCUGGCUGCCCUUACUUCCCAGACUUCUUGAGAAAGUUCAAGGGUUCGCCGUCGGGAUCCUCACUGGGGGACAAGGCAGCUGAAUACAUGGAGAUGGAGGAGGGGGUUACGGAGUCCCUGUGUGGGGUGGACAAACGCAGCCCCAGCAGGGGCAACGGCACGGACGCAGGCAGGAAAAACAGCACCAAUUCCAGAAGUCUACAGACAGACGUAUGAUUAUGAAUGGCAAAGCUGUUGGUGAGCUUGUGAAGGGUUUGGACACGUGAAGAAGAUUGCACAACUUAUUACUGAUCAGCAGCACAUGUGCACGCGAUACGCGUUUUUGGACACGCAUACAUGCAGGCACGCACACACGCAUACAUGCAUACAUGCACUCACACAAAUACACAUAUACACACACACACACACGCACACACACAACAGACACGCAUGCGCACACGUGGGCAAGCAUACACAUAUGCACACAAACACACUAGUGCACACGCAUACGCCCUUACAUGCACUCACGCACGCAUCAUUUCUUAAGGACCUGAGCUGAAACAUUUUUGCAACGUGGCUACUUUUUUGUAGAGAAACACAACCCUGUAAUCAGACAACAGGCAACGCAAAAAUCACCAGCUGUACGUGACGCGGAGGUGUGAGUACGGGCCCACCUGUAGACUGUAGACAGAAUCGAACAACAAACCCGGUUCGCGGAGAGCAAAACAAGUAUUUUUGCAUAGGCACUUUAUAAGUUACAUUCGUCAGUAAUUGUAGGAAGAGGAAGCAAGCUGUUAUCGUAAUGCUAUUAUGCAAUAACGUUGAAAUCAUUUGCACUAUCAUCAAAAUUUGUUCUAGUCUCCCAGCUUCAACCAGAGAGUCAGACACGGACCUUAGAGAGACAGUGAGAGAGAGAGAGAAGGGAAGAGAGUGGGAAUUCAAUAACUACUUAGUAACUCUGCUUUGACUUAAUACAUAGUUGUUGUAGAAGUGAAUGAGCAGUUUGUCAUGUCCUGCUACCUUCUGUCCAGUCACCUUCGAGCUCAGUAGACAGCAACAUGUUGCUCUUCUUAAGGCUCCUAUACUGACAGCAAAAGUCAGCAUGUGAGUCUGAAGUACCACUGGCAAAGCUCAAUGCAGCACCCAAAGGUGAAAGAGUUAGCACCAGUUAUUAAAUUCUUUAAUGAGCGUUAAACAAACCAGGCGUUAACAUCAACACUCCCAUUUCUGUUUGUCCUCCACUCAAAUCGACUAGGUUUAACCCGUCAGAUCACCCAUUGUGGCAUGACUGACAUUUAUUUCCAAAGUGUAGAUGCCCACCGUGCCCCUUACCCCAAACCCUUUUGCCCCAAGAGAGCCAGGCCACAAUACUGGUUCUGCAUUGAAUCUCAAAAAGUCUCUCUGAUGCCAUGGCUAAAUGGACUGUCCUGCCAUUGUUGGAGUAUCCGCUGCUUUUGAAGGGAAUGCUUCAAUGCUUUGCGCAACUUAUUCACUCUCGGUCCCUUUAACCACAAUGACAAUGCAUCCCUUUACAAGGACAGGAGACCCGCAUCAAAGCAAGAAAAAUGAACUGGCUCGUUAGCUGGUCCUGUGGUGGACUUUUAUGCACAAAAUACAAAACAACCCCCCCACGUGCCACUUCAGAGGGGCAGCCGGCCUUCAUGGAGUGUGCAAGGACCACAUCUAGCCAGAGCAGAUCAAUGUGUGAGACGGUCCAAUCGUGCUCUUGCUGUUCGGUAGCAGGACAAUUACAUUUGAAUCUACAGUAAACCUAUAUUGUCUCAUCAAUAAGCGCUGUGCGUCUUGAUCAUGAGAGACUGACCCAUCAGCGAAUGGAUCUCCAAAGCAAAGGACCCGUCGGUGUAGGCAUAAGACUGUACACAGCUCUGAGGAACCAAAAGUCCCGAUGAUGUCCUCCCUGAGUGACCAGUGCUGGACAGCAGAGGAGAGUGUGAACACUGCUUGCUCUCCCACCACCAGUAAGACAGGAAGUCCACCUUCAAGCCUGGCAUCAAUCACUUCUUAAGUCCCGCCCCUUAUGAAUGCCUUAAAGACACAGUACACUACAUCUCUGCGCAGAGGGAUACAGAGUAGAAGACUUCUUUAAAAAAAAAAAGCUUGACCUUUUUUUUUUUUUUUUUUUUUUUUUUUUUUUACCUUUAUUUUAUUUUCUUUAUGUGUGAACCUGUGUCUUGUAUGAAACAGAUGUGAAUAUUUUAAUAUAAUAGAGAAAUAUUUGUUUGGUUGUAAUAUGGACACUUGUUUCCAUUGGGUGGGCUUGUUGAGAGAUUUGCGAAGCAGGUAUAAGGCCAUGCUCUCUGUCUUCAGUGUCUAGUUUUUUAAUCUCCUCCUUCUGUUUCGACCCAAACCGCGGGCUUGAAGGGCGAGAGCUGGCAAGCAGGCUGCCUGAUGUCAGCUUGGAGUCGUCCCAGGGCCUUUCAUUAACAGUGUAUUCAUGCAGGAUCAAAACCCAUUCCACUCCCCUCGCCACCGGACUCAGUAUCAUGCCACUGCUGUCAGAGGAAGCGCUAACAUCUCGCCAACUACAGAGUUCUUAGGAGGUUAUAUAAACUCUUGUGCUGGUGCGAGUUGUUUAGAGUUUGAGUAUCUCACAUCAGUAUAUAUUGCUAGUAUUGCUAGCUGCCAAUUCAUGUAAAAUUACAAACAAUCAAACAAAAAGACAAGGAGCUACAGGGUUUCCUCAGGAAGACCAGGACAGGUCAUGGGGUAGAGGAUGAAGGAUUGUGCUGCCAGGUGCCAUGGACAUUUAAUUGGGCUUACGUGUGUUCAUUCUUGGACCGGAUCGAUUGUUGUGUAUACAUCAUAAAUGUCUCAUUUGUAUCACCAUAUGCAAUCAUAGUGCAUGCUGCGUAGUCCCGCUUUUAACCAUUGCUAAUCAAAUUAGCAUAAUCAGCAGGGAUAUGAACCAUUGGCCUGGCAACAAUUACCAUUCGCAUUCAAUAUAGCAAUCAGUACCAUUUGGUAUUAUAUGAUGUGAUGGAUGACCCAGCUGUCUGGUGGGGUGCUUUAUCCAUUACUCUGCAUUCAGCAAACAUGCACACAGACAGGGUCACAAGAGGCAAGCAAAACUAUCUGCUUAAAUUAGGAAUGUUGUUCCACAAUUGUACAUUACAGCAACAGCAAAUUAAAGCCUUGAAAUCUAAUGCAACAGCACAAGAUACUAGUUAAACUCCUUAGUAGUAGAAAAUGCAUUGAAUUUACUUGAGUUUGAUUUUUCCACAUGAAUAAAAUGCAUCAGCACUAUGUUGGUGUAACAUACUUCAUUCAUAUGGAAAUUAUGUGCACAUUUGCAUCAAGUAAAUUCAGUGCAUAUUUCUGUAUUUACAUUCAUAAAAAUAAAGGUUCCUAAAUGAUUCUUGGCUUAGAUAUACAGUGCUAGGACCAACCUUUAAUUGGUGUGGAAGUUUUAUAUUAUGUGGAGAUACUUUUGAGUCCAAAAAGAUUGUUUUUACAUGCAUGACAAAAGUGUUUGUUUUAAAAAAACAAUCUUUUGAAAGGGACUUGGCUGUCUUUAUGUGUUGGCAUUGAAAAAGUCACUCAGCAGAAUUGGAGUAAUCAGCGAUGGUAUGCAACUGAUGCUAUACAGCCAUGUAAACAUUGCUAUGGUGAUAGCCAGUGGCAGCAUUAUGGGCCACCCACAUUAGUCAAAAAAAUGAUAGAAUAUAGAAAAAUAAAGUAAUAUCAGUAUAAAAUUGAAAGUGAUAGAUAUUCCAUGAAAAUGCAGUUUUUGAAAUUAGACCAUCAAAAUUCCAGUUUAACUGAAAGUAUACAUUAAGACCUUUUUAAAGCUUUUUAAUAUCAGAAGUGGACAAAAUAUCAUCAUAGCACAAAAAACUUUUCCAAGACCAUGACUGCUGCAUAUGAACAUAACACAUUCAAGGCACAAAAGUAACUAAGCAGGGCUUAUGAUGUUACAGUACAAAUCUGAAUGUUGUAUUAAAUCCAAAAGCAUUAAUAUCAAUAAUAGAGAGAAAUCACAAGCAGAUUAAUGUUAUGUUGGAUGUAAUUGCAUUUUGCUGCAAAGUGGGUUACAUUUUUUUUCUAAUUAUGACUUUUGGGCAUCUCAGUUACGAUGCCUAGCAGACAGUUGUUACUUUGUUUUAGCUACCAGCCACAGGAGUGAAAUUCAGGGUUCUGCCCACUCACACCACCACUGGUGAUAAUGUUUCUUCCUAUCCCAUUUUUGCGGUGUUUUGAACACUUGCUAAUGUUUGUAAUGGUGUGCCUUUGGUGAAGAGUUACACCUGGUCUUCAGCUAUGAGCGCUCAGCACUCACAUGUUGAAAAAAUCAUCAUCUGGUUUAUUCCAGCUUGCAGUUGUAAAUCUUUUUGUGCCAAGGAGAGAGCCAGGAGACUGCGAUGCAGCAAUGAAGUCUUUAUUCAAGAGCGUGCUGUCCAUCAGUUUUCAGCAGUCCAAUGUGACAACAGUCUUAUCAUACAGGCAUUUAUACCAUGUAUUUCCCUUGCAGCAAUUGGUACAUCUGCUUGUCAGGAAACACAUACAGUAGACAUCUUGUUGCAAGCCAGGAAACAUAUGACCAUUCAUGUGUUGGAGGCUCAAUCAAUAGUUGAGGUAGACAUCUACUAGGCAUGUGAUCAGUCAUUAGAGAGCUCUGCGAUUCAGAAUCAGGAAAAAUAGGGAGGAAGUAAACUAAAGGAACUAUAACUAAUGAAAGAAAAUAAAGUAAACCUCUUGGCUGAUGGCAAAAGUUGGGAAAAUUGAACUCUUGACAGAAUAUACUGCUGACUGCUGCUAUAUACUGUCAUCACUGUUGGCAGUGGCAGAAAAUUCCAUCGCUACUCCAUUGAAAAGACAUAAAAUGUCCAGUUUACCAUCAUCUACCUUCAUAAUAACCUGCAUUAGUGACUCAAGAACCCUCCAAAGAGCACUUUUUGGGACCUUUAUUUUGAAGAGUGUAAAAGGUUUGAGCUAUAACUUUAUUUUGCUUGGUUACUGUCAUGCCCCAACAGGCAUACAGGCAUUGAGAGUGGAUAUGGAGUGAAAUUCCUUUUAAGCGAUUAAGUCAGCCACUGUUCUUGGUGUGUGUUUAGCAUUGUCACUUCUUACUGUCAUUGCUGACUGAACUGCCUGCUUAAUUUAUCAAGCUACUCAGCCUGGUAAAAAGAGCCUGAGAUUGAUUCUGGAUGUAUAAGGCUGAGGAAUCAAGGCCAAUGCUUCAGCAUCCAUGAGCGCUUCCAAACAGUUUAGGCUCAAAUUUAAUCUGCGCUUUUAUAACCCCAUGCUGCAAACGGUGCCCUCGCAGCCACGGCAGCAAAUUACAGUAUCACACAGUGACAGCGCAACAAUAAUCCCCACCACCAUCACCACCACCGCCACCACCACCCCCAAACUCACACAAGCACGCAUACACAGCGCCUGCAAUAUCGCAUCCUCACUUCACAGACCCUUUCUGUACGGAGGAGAGAGGCAAAGCUGCUUGUGAAUAACACAAAACACCCUCUGAAACUUCCACAGUACUCUCUCUCUCUGUCUUCCUUUGCUUAUCUAACACAUUCAACCAUGCAUGCCGGCAUGAGCACAAGCAAUCUUGCAUUCACUCUUUCUCCCUCCUUCGCACUCUUCUCCUCUCUCUCUCUCUCUCUCUCUCUCUCUCUCUCUCUCUCUCUCUCUCUCUCUCUCUCUUUCUCUUCACCACAACCGCACCUGCUGAAAUCAGCUCAGAAUAGAGAUAAGCCUGUCAGAGACGUUACGUAAAAGGAUGCUGUGGAGUUUUCUUAAGUGAAAUAUAUGAAAUUAUAGCUUGUAUCUAAAAGGAUGAAGCAGCUGCUUUGUUUGUCAUGAAAAAAAUGCAUUCAAUUCAUCUGUAUGCAAAGUACUACGGAGGUGUAUUAUCUAUUUUUUUAAAAUCUAGCCUUGACUCUUAUAUAACCAAAGUUGAAUUGAAAUUCUGUUCUUUGUCGGAGACUCUCUUGCUCUCUUUUUUUCCACUUGGAGGUAUAGACCUAGUGAGGGUAGAUGCACAUUAAACAUAUGUACAUAAAGCAGAUGUCUAUUUUAAUGUGUCCUGUUAAGGAAAUCACAUGCGUCACUUGGGGAAGUUCUACUUUUUUGACUGUUAGGCAUCUCCAGCCCCCCUAAACCCCAUGUUCUCGUCAUCUUCGUGUCUUCAGGCUCUGUGAUCCCUCCCUCCGUCUGAUCUCUAGUUGCGACGAAUGCUAGUUCUACCCACCAAGAACUCACUCUUUCUUUCUCUGUCCUCUCUCCCUCUCUCUCUCUCAUUGUCGUUCUUGCUCCCUUUCUCCUUGUCUGUUUUUUUAUAGCUAUCCAGGCUUUCUAGCAAAGAGGUCCAGCAGAGCUUUCCAUCUACCUGAUGACAAUGUGCAGGUGGAUCGCUGCUUGCGAGCUGGACGCAGGGCAACGUGUCACGUCACAUGUCGUAGACGCACAUGUGACACAAACAUGUAAAUACAUGCUAGCAAGAUAAUGAUGUCACCCUGGCACGUUGCUCUGGGCUCCCCCGCAGCGGACUGGGACAGUUUUAAGGGACGAAGCUCUUUACCAACCCACAAUGCAAUGCGCAUGACUCUCGUUGUACAUCCAGUCAAGAGCCAAGAAUUAUCAUCCAACCACAAAGGGAGAGGGGGGGUCUGCGUUACCAUGGACACUAGACCAGCACUGAUUGGUCGGCCAGUUUUCUUCGAGGAAGAGGAAGAGUCACUUGGAGAGCGGAGGAGAGUUACUUGAUGGUGCAAAAUCAAUGCUGGUCACAUACGGCACAUUUUCUGAUUGAUUUGAUCAGUCGAUAGCUUUGUUCAGAUACAGCUUCCUUUGUUCAACUGAUGUAUGGGCCUGUUACUUCUGCUCAAUGAGGCUGUCCAAUAAAGAAGACAGAGGUAAACCAAAUGAAGAGUCCUGUAGAAGCUUGUAGAGAUGAUACAACACACAAUAGCACCAGCACAGAGAGUUGCGUCUCAGUCCCAGCUCAUUAUCGCUAUCUUUCUCAACCUUAAUCACCUUAAUGUGGAAUCCAGUAACACACGGAGCUUCUGCUUCGAAUAUUAAAUACACUUAAUUGGAAAGGACCAGUGCAUGGAAACAAAGUGGAAUUCCAAACUUUGAGGGCACUACAGUCUCCCACACUGCUCUCUUAAUGUCAAGGGAACACCAUAGAUUACUAUAUCAGCUAAACGUAUACCAGAAUGCAUUGGGAGUCUCUUGUUGCUAAGCAACAGACAUACUGAUAGACAAAGCACACCUGAAGCAAGAGUGAAGCUUGAUUUUCUCCUUUCUCUCAAAGACGAAAACAUUAAAUAGAGUUGAUCUGAUGGUGACAGGUGUGGUGGGCUACCAGAUCCCCUUGUUUUUGAACUUCAGAUUUGAUAUUAUACUUAAAGCCAGAGGCUGCUGGUUAAUUUUCUGCUCUCUGCUUAUUUUCUUACACUGAAAAUGAAUAAAAUAUGCUUAAUGGCUGUUUUGACUAGAACUAAAAUAAAUGAAAGGGUGGUCUCUGACUUUUACACAGUAAUGGAUGACGAGCAGGAGAUUAGCUAACAUUUACGGUGGUCACUGAAGUUAUUGAAAAGUAAGCUUACUGAACUCUCUUCACAAAAAACAGGGAAAGAAAAAGGGCAACAUGAAUGUGAAUUAAGCUUAAUUUAAUUAAAUGCAUAUUGCAGGCACUCUUAUCAAGAGAGACGGUGUAAUCAUGCUUCAGAGGAAACCGAAUGUAGUGUUAAUUAUCCUAAUCCUGACAGGUAGAGGGAAAAAAAUGUCCAUUUCUGGCAGCAAUAUGUUGAAAUACUGACUCGUUUUCUCAAAAAGUUGUCUGUCUCUAAAUAGUGAAUUACAUUCUUGAUAUUUAAUGUCAUUGUUUCAAGAUAGUAAUGUUUUAAGAAUUAAAUUAUUUCAAUAUAAGUCAUUAUUUUGUCAAUAUUUUCACAACUUGCUAUAAGAACAGCAAGCUGUUUCUUUUCUCCCAGGGCAACCAAAAAUACUAGCUCUAUUCCAAGACCAGAGAUUUGUACCCUAAUUCAAUAUUAUAAACUAUGCCAUCUAACUUCUGUGACCUAUGAGUUAACUCUGUUUUAGAAUCUGGCAUGAACCCAUGUGUUUUACUACAGCAAAACUUGGUGUAUUAAGUUAGUAGCCCCCCUUAAUGAUGACAUUAUGCUUUGUUUGUUGUACCCCCAUAUAACUACUGUACUUUAUAAUACUAAUAAUGGAGUAGGGACCAAUUCAGUUACAGCCAUGGUUUCAGUUAGGUCUACUUCAAAAUACUUCAAAGGGUUCCUUGAGCAAUGCCAUAGAACCAUAUUUGGUUCCAUUAAAAACAUUUGUCAAUGUAAAGAAACUUACAAGUUUACAUAAUGUAAAGGCUCUAUAACAAUUUAAGGUUUUUUUCCUAGAACCUUUGCAUUAUAAGGUUCUUAAAACUUUAAAAAGGUUUAUCACUCUCACAAAUAUCAUAGUCAGCAAAUGGUUCUCUUAAGAACCAGGCAUUGAAGUUAUUUAUUGAUUCUUCUAUAGCACUGAAACUUUUUUGGCCCCUAAUUUAUGAGAGUGUGGUUCUUGGCAUAAAUGUGUGGUUCUAGGAAGAGCCGUAAAUUUAUGUUGAACCUUCAUAAACUUUUGUGCUUGCAUCUUAUUGACAAAGUAUAUUUUUUUAAAGAAUGUUCUAUUAAAAGGCUCUUCAGGGAACAGGUGGUGGUUCUUCGAUGGCAUUGAACCUUUUAUGACAUCUUUAUUUUACACAGUGUGGAUCUUGGCUUAAGUGUGGUUCUGGGGAAAAAUCUUGAUAACACUUUACUAUAGGGUUCUGUUGUUAAGGCAAAAUGACACCUACAUAAGAUUGUCAUGACAACUGACAUAACCCUACUUAAAUGUUUAUAAAUACUUAUUCCAGUAGUUAUCAUAAAGACUACUUUAGCUAACUUUGAUCAAAACUGACCACUAUAUUUAGAGCGAAUUAUGCCUAUUGUAAUAAGCAUCUAUAAACAUUUAUAAAGGGUUAUGUCACUUGUCAUGACAACCUUAUGUAGGUGUCAAAAAGUGUUACCAAAAUUUGUACUUGGAUAUUUGCGUUAUGUGGAGAUUCUUUGUACUUUUAACAGAUUCCUCACACCUGCAUUUCAAUGGUUCUAAGUCUAUUGAAAGGUUCUUUAAGGAAGAAAAAGUGUUUUUUCUUUUUUUUGCUCAAAAGAACCCUUUUUGCUUUGCUUUUAAGACAGUACACUAAUUUAUGAUGCCUCUAUGGUAUAGAGUGCACCGUAGUGACUAUAAUGCUAUAGCAUAUACCUACGUGACUAUGUUGUGUAAGCUACAUGUUGUACUGAUGAAGCAUUUUCCACCAGUCUUAAGAAGCAUUCCAAUGGGACAAUCCACAAGAUUGUAAUCCACAAGAGAUGGUAAUGCUUGGCUGCUCCCUGCUCCAUCUCUCCAUGGUAACAGAAGCCAGGUCUAUAAAGCCGCACACUAGAAAAGAUCUCUUUCAAUCGCCUGAUCGUUUUACCCCCUCUAUCGUAUCAUGUUCAUCAGCACUGGCCCUUGUAUGAACAAUCGCAGCUGGAACUCGAGGUAGCUCAGUCAUUCUCCUCAUAAACAAAGCAAAGCUGUCGCAACAGAUUAAAACGACUGAGGCAGGUCAUAUUUGAUUGUUAACAUUGACGUGGGCCUCCACUGACAUCCUAUGCAUAGCUCUCUUGGCUGAUGUUGCCUUGUGUUGUGUCAUCUCUAGAGCCUCGUCAUUAGCACAGAGUCUGGAAGAGGCUGAGAUGCACCUGGUGCGCCAAACCACCAGGAAGUGUAUAAUAUUGUUUACCAGACAUUUCUUCAUGUGGGUUUAGGACAGCCUUGCCUUUUCUUUAUGCAUGAUGCUUUGUUUUUUGGAAACGUGCAUCCCAAUUGAAGAUAUGUGUUUGUGUUACCCUUCGUUUAUUUUUAGGUGCUGCUGUGGUAUUUUUGGGACCCUCAGAUUUUCCUUUUUCCACUUGUUUUGAGUUUUAUUUUCCUGUUUUUUUUUUUCCUUUUUUUUUUUGGUAAACUUCAUCAGUCGAUAUUCUAAGUUUUUCUACAUUCUUAUCAUUUUGUAGGCAGCAAUAUGAGAUGUGAUGGAAAAUGGAAUUAUGUGCAAUGUUUAAAUAAAAAAAACAUAAUAUAUUAAAUAAAAAAGCAA